CUACAUUCAUACAGAGGCAGAGGUGAAGGUAUGAACUACGAGUAUGAAGCUUGCCGUUCGCUUGCUUUGCAACACAGGAUUGGAGCACGCACUCUCAGGGCAGCUACUGUGGCUUGGCCAAGGACUAGCUGGCACUGUCGUGGAGGAGUACUCGCCAUUGCUUGGCAUCCGGCUGUGCCGACUCUGUCGUCAACUGCUUGCUGGUAACUGCAAGGCUGUGCGGGCCACAUCCUCUGGAUCGCUGUCCGCGCGGAGAUGGGCUCUUCCUUGGCGUCCAGUCGGAGAGGGAUGGGCACGGCGAUGUUGAUUGCGGGUCAUUAUGCCCUGCUUCUGCUGUUAGUUAUGGGAGGGACGAGACCUGUUCAAUCUUCUCCAGUGGCUGUGGAAAACACGCGUACCGAUGAUCUACCACUGUGCGUGGACCUCCUUGACGACUUCUCGGCAUCGGGCGCCAGCGGUGAUGGAGUGGCUGGAGACGCCAUCAUGGACGACGAGGACUUUGCUCAGCGGCACGGGCAGCGAUGUCACGUGACCGACGUCAGGUGUUUGAUCGACAGCGGUAUCAUCCUGUGCCGCGGUGACGGACCGUCCGGGCAGCCCACCAGUUCCGCUGCCGCCGUCACCGUUGUGGAGCACGGCUUUGCCGCCUGGUGGAAGAACCCGGCCAUGGUGCUGGUCAUGGCCCUCUCGGUCUGUCUCAUCGUCGUGUCCGUCACCAUCGUCGUGCUGCUCGCCGUGCGAUGGAGCCAGCUAAGCAAGCACCAGGCACGCUUGAAACGCCAGAGCAGUCGCCGACUGAGCGGCAAGAACGCGUUCGCUCACUUCCAGACCAAGCUGCUAACUGUGUGAAAAUGCCAUGUAAAAAGAAAUUCUGAAUUUGAUCAACAUGCGUAUAGUGUAGAUGGUGAAAUUUAAGUGCCAGUGUGUGCUACUUACCUAUCCAGAGGUAUGAAGUUCAGCAAAGGACACAGAUAACCCAUCACUUGCUGAGUCACGACUGAACAAGGACCUGCCUCACAAUACCAGGUGUGUGUGUGUGUGUGUGUGUGUGUGUGUGUGUGUGUGUGUGUGUGUGGUGUGUGUGGUGUGUGUGCGUGCAUGCAUGCAUGCGUGUGUGUGUGAGAGAGAGAGUGAGUGAGAGAGAGACGUGUGCAUUUCGAACCGUUGAGCAUGUUCCUCUGUUGGUCAACACCCGCGUUUCGUUUCUCCCCGUUUGAGUGCGCUUCUCCACAGCCGUGGACCGGCUCUCUAUAUUCUGCACUACAUUACACCGUAUGUGACCAAGUUUAUAGAUUGACCAGUGCAGUUUGGUAUUUGCUGGUUGUAUUGGCCACACUAAUCUUACACAAGCAAUAUAUCUGGUUGAGUUUUUCCCAAUAUCCUGGCUUGAUUACCUCCCCCCCUCCCCCCCCCCUUCACCCUCCAUGAUCCUUUACAUGGUGUGAUGUUGUAUAUUCAUAUUUGCUCCCCCCCCCCCCCCUCCCCUAUCUACAAACACACGGAGUGAUGAGGCUCUCUCCUCUUUUGUUUUAGCAAACUCUUUCCCACUUGAUGUUCACACGUCUGUACACAGUGCAUGUUUUGCUAUAUGGACACACCUUGAGAUCGUUCUCCACCAACGUGUCACAUUA